GACGAGCCAUGCUUGAAGUUAUUGUAGCGACUGUGCAAGCUUAAUGUAGGCACCAAAAUGUUAGGAAAGUAUACUGUCAGGUAAGGCCACUCCGACCUCUCUCCCUCUACUCUCUAUCGCACCAGAUCGGGUGUUGCGCCUCUACAUCACCCGCCAUGCAGGCUGCGAGUCCCCUUGAGCUCCUUAUUCUGCAAGAAUUCUCCAAUGACGGCGUGCCCGCACAAUGGGCCUCCGGCCAAUCUGGCCCACGCUGUUGGGGAGAAGAGGACCAUGCCGUCAUUGUUGCGGACCCCGAUCGCCCCAGGCUAGAGAGGUUCUCCGCCGCUUUCAGCCCAGACGCGAACUUCCUCGCCGUUUCCUUGGACCGGCGAAUCAAAGUCUACGACCUCCAUUCCCGCGAGCAGAAGGCGGAUGUGCUCGGACAUGAGCGUCCAAUCGAGGGGCUACACUGGCUGAGAUUGACGAAUGCUCAAUCCACUUAUGGCCCCGGCGUAGUGUACUUAUUGUUCAUCCAAGGUCAACGCUGCUAUGGAGACUCCACGGCUACGCUUACGCUGGCCACUCUCGCCGUGGACGCUCGAGGCGGCAUCAUUGAUCUCAUCGCCCCUCUCGACAUCAGUAAGGUGGACAACGACGCCAUGCAGUCGGUAUCCACACACCUGGGCCCGCACGGCGACAUCUAUGAGGCAGAUACCCUCAAUGUCCGCACCCAACUCCAUCAAACCCCCGACCGCCGUGACCUAACUUUCAGAGAGCAGCAUUCUCUUGUUAUCUGCGGUCGCUUCACCUCUUUUGACUCCCAGAUUUUCAGCAACGACGGCAGAAGAGUCAUAUACAUCGCGACUGGGCACACCACUCAGCAGGGGACACGUAUGUAUCAGGACGGUCACCCGCCCGAAAUUGUUGUCUGGGACAUUCCGUCUGGCGCAGAAGUCUGCCGCCUGCACGGCCAUAGAGACAAGAUCGAGUGGGCAGGCUGGGCGUUAGGCGACCAAAGCAUCGUGACGGCGUCGUGGGACAACGGGUUUGCAAUCUGGGACGCCGAGACCGGGGAGUGUCGGCACCCCAUUGGGCCCACUGCGAGUCGCAACUGGGCCGGCGCUGUCUCGCCCGAUGGGGAGCGCGUGCUGCUCUCCGGCAGCCAUGAGUUGGGGAUAUUCAUGGUCAGCACCGGCGUGAAGAUGGUGGACAUCGACCGCACCCAUUUCAUGCCUCGCGGCAUGAAUUUCAUUCGUAAAGUCAGCUGGAGUCCGACCGGGGAUGUCAUCGCCAUCGGAGCUGAGGGGCCGAGUGUGGUGCUUCUUGAUCCCGCCACGGGCGAGGGUCGCGUUGUCCUCGAAUAUGUGUACGAACACCCGGCUUUCUUCGCUUUCCGCACACCGCAGUGGGCGGACGGUGGGCGGAAACUGACUGUGCGAGGAAGCGACAGCACACUGUUGGUGUGGGACCGCGAGCGGAAUUGGAAAUGGAAGUUCCAGCGGCGUGCAGGCACGAGAAUGGACCAAUCCGAACACCAAGUAUGCUACCUGAAGAAUCUGAACACGAUAGUCAGUGUGACGGGGGACUACACCGUGCGCUGGUGGAAGUUGUGAAGAAUUAGGUGUAAUGGCAUUACUAUCAUGAGUCCUACGAACCACCUGCAAAAGUACGACGGGCAUCCCGUCGAAUUACCAUUCCAAUACACUCCGACACCGAAGCCCCAUUUUAUCCGUUCAUCCUCGCGAACACUCCUCGCCACCAUCACAAAUGACAAUCACCAAUCAAACUCCUCCAAGUGCAGCUCAAUAUUCGGCGCCUUGGAGGUCGUCAGGCUCUUCGUCGCAAUCCUCGCCGAAGUCAGAAGGCCUGGCGGUCCGGAACCGGCAACAAGCACACGUUGUCGGCCGUUCAAGUCGGCGAUGGCGGCAGCCAGGACCGUCUUGAUAUCCGGUCGCCCGUAGUGGAUGGCGUCGUGCGUGCCCUUGCUCAACUCCUUGGAAAUGGAGUGGACGGGGGAG